UACAAUCCGUCCUUCCUCUUCAACAACCGCCAAAAUGAACCCUAACAAGUAGGCGAUAAAGCGCACCAAUUGGAAGAUAGAUAGAGAAUAGAAGAGAGAGAGAGACUUUUUUUUGUAAAAAUUGCAAAUUCACAUGAUCGACGACACCCUUCUAUUUCGCUUCCGUUUCAUCUCCUCCUCUAGUUCUCGUUUUCUUUUCUUUCCAGCUACUACUGGUAAUCAUUAUAUAAUAAUAAUAACCAUUUAAACAAAUACAGGCACCAGACAGGCUAGGGUUUCAGUUAUCCUUUCUUUUUCUUUUUCCUUUUUUUUUUUAAUAAAAUCGUUUUCCUUUUCUUUCAAAUUAAUAUCCUUCUCCAUGUCUAAAAGGGUACUUUGCAAGUUUUUUGCUCAUGGGGCAUGCUUGAAAGGGGAGCAUUGUGAAUUUUCACAUGAUUGGAAAGAUCCUCCAAAUAAUAUUUGCACCUUUUAUCAAAAAGGUAUCUGCUCUUAUGGUAGUCGAUGCCGAUAUGAACAUGUUAAACCUUCUAGGCCUGAAUCUACUGCAUCAUCUUCAUUGACAGUUCCUUGUCAACCUCUGGGCUCAAAUUCCGUGUCCCUGGCCCUUCCUGCAAGAAAUGUAUCGAAUGGGGUGACAACAGUACCGGGUGUUCCUCCAGAGCUUUCAAGUAGACCCUUUAUUGCUCCCACUGCACCAGAAUGGAAUUUGGAGUCUGCACAACAUGACUUCUUAGAAGAUGGUGAGGUUAUAGAGCCUAGGAAUGUUAAACCAGCUGACCGAUCUAUCUGUUCAUUUGCUGCUGCUGGUAGUUGUCCUCGUGGAGAUAAAUGCCCCCAUAUUCACGGUGACUUGUGUGCCUAUUGUGGAAAGCAUUGCUUACACCCUUUCAGACCUGAAGAAAGAGAUGAACAUUUGAAAGCAUGCGAGAAGAAGCAAAAGAACCUUGAUUUGUUAAAAUAUAGUCAAGAAAUAGAAUGCAGUGUAUGCCUGGAUCGUGUACUUUCAAAGCCCACGGCAGCUGAACGAAAGUUUGGUCUGCUAUCAGAAUGCGAUCAUCCAUUCUGCAUAUCAUGUAUUAGGAACUGGCGUAGUAGUUCCCCAACCUCUGGAAUGGAUGUCAAUACUUCAUUGAGGGCUUGCCCAAUAUGUCGCAAGCUUUCAUACUUUGUCAUUCCAAGCGUUAUUUGGUAUUCCUCUAAAGAGGAAAAACAGGAAAUUGUUGAUACCUACAAGGCAAAACUCAGGUCAAUAGAUUGUAAACACUUCGACUUUGGGAAUGGGAACUGCCCAUUUGGAACCAGCUGUUUUUACAAGCAUGCAUAUCGAGAUGGCCGCCUGGAGGAAGUUGUUUUACGUCAUCUUGGAACUGAUGAUGGACAGACUGUGAUAGCUAAAAAUAUCUGGCUGUCUGAUUUCCUCGGUAGCUUACAAAUAAGGUGAGCUGGUGGUGUUUGAAUGCUUUUAAAGGAUAUCUAUCAAUGUCAAGACAUGCACUCAACUUUAUUGUGGAAGGUCUUCAAUCUCCAGUGCCGAAUCAUGUUGUUUGUGAGGUAAAUUGCCUUGAUGGCUUUCUGGAGGAGACUAAUUUGUGGGAAGCUGAAAGAUGUGCCGUUGUGUCAUUAUAAGCUGCAUCUUAAGUUAUUUUGAAAUAAUAAAACGAAGAACAUGUCAAGGCAUUGAAAGGUUUUGAACAGCGUUGAUAAAUUAUGUACUUGUGAAGGAAAAUGAUUUGAAUAAUGGAUGUUUGCGAUUAUAGUUUGCUUCCCUCACACCAGAAAGGACGGCGAAAACUACAGGGUUUCGCCCUAAUGGUUUGUAAUAAUUUGAAGUUUUGAGGACAAUGUCAGGAUGUUGUGGUGCAUCAUACUGGUGUUGCCUCUGUAUAAAAGUUUUGAACUUUGAGGUAUACAUGAGAUUUGAUACAAUGUAAUUCAUUUGUACCUAAGCCAUGUACAUCUUAUGACGAUUACAAAGUGGAAUUUAUUUUACCGCUUCCAUCACAAA